AAAGUAGUUCAAUUUGUGUGCUUCAAUUUUCAUCAAUAUAAUUAAUGGCUUUCCCAAGGCUAAUUUUCUUGUUGAUGCUUGCAAUAAUUCCUCUUUGUAAUGCACAAGGCUUGAAACUUGGCUACUAUGAGAAAACAUGCCCAGGAGCUGAGGCUAUUGUGGAAAAGACAACUGCACAUUACAUCUCUAGAGCACCAACUCUAGCUGCUCCUUUGCUUAGGAUGCACUUCCAUGAUUGCUUUGUUAGGGGAUGUGAUGGAUCUGUAUUGCUAAACUCAACAAAGAACAAUCAAGCAGAGAUAGAUGCCAUACCAAAUCAAUCCCUUAGAGGAUUCCAAGUGAUUAAUGCUGCAAAAUCUGAAUUAGAACACAAGUGUCCUGGUGUGGUUUCUUGUGCAGAUAUUCUUGCCUUAGUUGCAAGGGAUGCCAUAUCUUUGAUUAAAGGACCAUAUUGGAAUGUUCCAUUGGGAAGAAGAGAUGGAAGAGUGUCAAACAUGUUGGAAGCCCUUUUCAAUUUACCACCUCCUUUUGCCAAUAUUACUACCCUUAAAGCUCAGUUUGCCUCUGUUGGUCUGAAUGCAAAAGACCUAGUUGUUCUAUCAGGGGGGCAUACCAUUGGAAAUUCUCACUGCUCUUCCUUCACAGUUCGAAUGUACAACUUCACAGGCAAAGGUGACACUGACCCAACUAUGGAUGCUAACUAUGUUGCUAGUUUGAAGAGUAAAUGCACCUCAGUUAACGACGUGACAACUAUUGUUGAGAUGGAUCCAGGAAGCUUCAAAACAUUUGAUGGAAGUUAUUAUAGUGUUGUUGCUAAAAGGAGAGGGCUUUUCCAAUCUGAUGCUGCCCUUCUUGAUGACAAUGAGACUAAAGCUUAUGUCAAAUUACAAGCUAUGUCCCAAGGAUCGACAUUUUUCAAAGAUUUUGCUGAAUCGAUGGAGAAAAUGGGAAAGAUUGGAGUUUUAACCGGCAGAGCUGGUGAAAUUAGGAAACAUUGUUCGUUUGUAAAUUAAUUUAACUAGGGCCAUUUAGCUCUUCAUAAUUUCCUUCUUUGAUUUGCAUUUUUU